AAAGCCAUUCUCGUUUUAACUAGAAUCAUCUCCUGAAACAUAAAACACGUUGCAUUGAAAGAAAAGGAAAGAUGGCAGAAAAUGGCAGUGGUGAUGGCCUUUAUACAAAUAGUGAUAACCAGACUCCUCCUACACCUCCUCCUCCUCCACAGAGUGUUAUGGGCUUUAUGUUGUCCAACAAGGUGGAGGCUGGAUUGUGGCUGACUCGCCUCUUCACUGUUAUCUGCACCUUCUUUUUCUUUAUUCCAGUAAUCGGGAGUGGUCCUCAUGGUUUCUACCAGAGGGCUCUAAUCAGUAAUGCAGCUACCAGUGCCCUGCGUCUACACCAGCGAAUACCAAAUGUCCAGUUGAACAUGGCUUUCCUGAAGACCAUAAUGAUGGAGGACAGUGGCCACUAUCUCUUCUUCUCUCUCAUCUUCCUCAACAGUUACCCGAUCACCAUGGCACUAAUGCCAGUGUUUCUGUAUGCAUUGCUUCAUGCCUGCAAUUACACAAAGGCUGUUCUUAAUAUAAUGGGUCCAACCUUUCUCCAGUUUGUAAGGAAUCUGAUCCAAAAGCUACAAAGUCAACAAGUCAGUGUUUUGCGCUUUGUAGCUUGUACAGAGAUAUUCAUCAUGCCCACCAUUGUCUUCAUGAUGCUUUCAGGUAGAUGCAGUUUAUUUCUGCCAAUCAUUUACUAUAGAUUCCUUAUCCUGAGAUAUUCAUCUCGUAGAAACCCUUACUGCAGGACGCUGUUCUCAGAGAUGCGAAUGACAGUAGAGUAUCUUACCAACAAGCCCCAGUGCCCAGGUAUUGUGAGGACACUAUGUAACAAAAGUAUAGCCCUUAUCUACCGUCUCGCUCCCCAGAUGUGAACACACCAUAUCUCUUUAGUGCAUGCAAGAAAUUUUCUAGAUGGAUGAAAGAAAAAUGAUCUAGAAGUGGUGUAAAAGGAAGUUCUUGGCAGGUGAAUGAUUUAAAUGUGAUAAAUAUUUAUAAAAUAAGUGGAAAAUUAAGUACAUAACUCGGAAUAGAUGAGAUGUCAGUUGUUUGUGUAUACCAGUUUGUAUGAACCGGAUAAUCUCUAUCACUUACAGUAAAUAUUAAAGUAUUUCUCAUUUUAACUUGAAAGAUUUCAAUAUAGAUCUUGAUAUAAAGAGAUGCUCUAAAUUAGAUAAAAGUUUAGAUUUAAAAAUUUCAGCUUUUUGACUGAUUUCAACC